AUGAACCGCAGGCAUCAGAGUGCCUUAGAAGGAGAGAAGAGGGGCGGUGAGAUGAUAGAACAGAUAGGUUUUCAAAAAAAAAAAAGAAAGAAAUUAAAUGGUGGCAGACAUGUCCAAGGAAUAUUGCAGGGAUUUGAUCCCUUCAUGAAUCUUGUAAUAGAUGAAUGUGUGGAGAUGGCAACUAGUGGACAACAGAACAAUAUUGGAAUGGUGGUAAUACGAGGAAACAGUAUCAUCAUGUUAGAAGCCUUAGAACGACUAUAAAUAAUGGCUGUUCAGCAGAGAAAUCCGUGUCCUCCCUCCAGAAGCCCUGUUUAACUAUGACUUGAAAAUUGAUUCAUGUA